UUCACUAUCUCAAAAAAUUAGAAUACAUCAUAAGACCAAUAAAAAAGACAUUUUUAGUGAAUUGUUGGCCUUCUGGAAAGUAUGUUCAUUUACUGUAUAUGUACUCAAUACUUGGUAGGGGCUCCUUUUGCUUUAAUUACUGCCUCAAUUCGGCGUGGCAUGGAGGUGAUCAGUUUGUGGCACUGCUGAGGUGGUAUGGAAGCCCAGGUUUCUUUGACAGUGGCCUUCAGCUCAUCUGCAUUUUUUGGUCUCUUGUUUCUCAUUUUCCUCUUGACAAUACCCCAUAGAUUCUCUAUGGGAUUCAGGUCUGGUGAGUUUGCUGGCCAGUCAAGCACACCAACACCAUGGUCAUUUAACCAACUUUUGGUGCUUUUGGCAGUGUGGGCAGGUGCAAAAUCCUGCUGGAAAAUGAAAUCAGCAUCUUUCAGCAGAAGGAAGCAUGAAGUGCUCCAAAAUUUCUUGGUAAACAGGUGCAGUGACUUUGGUUUUCAAAAAACACAAUGGACCAACACCAGCAGAUGACAUUGCACCCCAGAUCAUCACAGACUGUGGAAACUUAACACUGGACUUCAAGCAACUUGGGCUAUGAGCUUCUCCACCCUUCCUCCAGACUCUAGGACCUUGGUUUCCAAAUUAAAUACAAAACUUGCUCUCAUCUGAAAAGAGGACUUUGGACCACUGGGCAACAGUCCAGUUCUUCUUCUCCUUAGCCCAGGUAAGAUGCCUCUGACGUUGUCUGUGGUUCAGGAGUGGCUUAACAAGAGGAAUACGACAACUGUAGCCAAAUUCCUUGACAUGUCUGUGUGUGGUGGCUCUUGAUGCCUUGACCCCAGCCUCAGUCCAUUCCUUGUGAAGUUCACCCAAAUUCUUGAAUCGAUUUUGCUUGACAAUCAUAAGGCUGUGGUUCUCUCGGUUGGUUGUGCAUCUUUUUCUUCCACACUUUUUCCUUCCACUCAACUUUCUGUUAACAUGCUUGGAUAUACCACUCUGUGAACAGCCAGCUUCUUUGGCAAUGAAUGUUUGUGGCUUACCCUCCUUGUGAAGGGUGUCAAUGAUUGUCUUCUGGACAACUGUCAGAUCAACAGUCUUCCCCAUGAUAGUGAACCAAACUGAGAGACCAUUUUGAAGGCUCAGGAAACCUUUGCAGGUGUUUUGAGUUGUUUGCUGAUUGGCAUGUCACCAUAUUCUAAUUUUUUGAGAUAGUGAAUUGGUGGGUUUUUGUUAAAUGUGAGCCAAAAUCAUCACAAUUAAAAGAACCAAAGACUUAAACUACUUCAGUCUGUGUGCAUUGAAUUUAUUUAAUACACGAGUUUCACAGUUUGAGUUGAAUUACUGAAAUAAAUGAACUUUUCCACGACAUUCUAAUUUGAGAUGCACCUGUAUAUAAACUGCAAUGUGCAUAAGUUUUAGACACUUGUGAAAAAUGUUGCAUUGUGAGGAUGUCAUUAAAAAUAAUGUAGUAAAUAGUUUUCAUUUAUCACUUAAUGUCAUACAAAGUCCAGUAAACAUAAAAAAAAGCUAAAUCAAUUUAAGCAGCAAAAGGUUUGACAACCUUUGCCUUCAAAACUGCACCAAUUCCCCUAGGUACACCUAGACACAGUUUUUCUUGGUUGUUGGCAGCUUCUUGAGUAUUGAGUAUUAUGUUGUUUUGCUGCUAGCAUGACAGUUUAAGGUGGCAGUGAUGACUUGGGUUGCUGCUGGAAUCACAUGCAGAAGUUUCUGAAGAGAUCUGGGACCUUCACUCACCCAGACUUUGGCCCUAGUGAGGAGACACUCCAGUUUCUGUUAGAAACAUGCAAAAUCCUGGUCAUCGGAGCAGGGGGUCUUUGGCUGUGAACUAAUGAAAAACCUGGCUCUGUCAUGUUUUCCUCAUAUUCAUGUUUUGGAUAUGGACAACAUUCAUGUUUCUAGUCUGAACAGACAGUUUCUCUUUAGAGUUUCAUAUCAUUGUGUUUGGGCUGGACUCUAUCAUAGCCACACAAUGGAUCAACGGGAUGCUGCUGUCCCUGCUUUGUUAUGAAGAUGGAGUUUUGGACCCCAGCUCUAUCAUUCCUCUGAUAGAUGGAGGGAAAGAGGGCUUCAAGGGGAAUGCAACGGUCAUUCUGCCAGGAAUGAUGGCCUUUAUAGACUGCACACUGGAGCUUUAUCCACCACAAAUUAUUUUCUCUAUGUGCACUAUUGUCUCAAUGCCACUACUACCAGAGCACUGCACAGAGUAUGUGAGGGUGCUGCAGUGGCCCAAAGAGAAGCCUUUUGGAGAUGCUGUUGCUCUGGAUGGUGAUAACCCGGAGCAUAUUCAGUGGGUGUUUCAGAAGUCUCUAGAGAGAGCAGCUGAGUUUAAUAUCACUGGUGUCACCUACAGACUCACUGGAAUGGAUUACCACUGAGAGGAUAAAGAACUAUUUUCCUCCCUCUCUCCCUCUGUUUUUUCUUAUCAAAUAAUAUUUUAGUUUCCUUAUUAUUUAUUCAUGUGGAUUUCAUAAGAUUUAAGUUGAAGACUAGUUUAUUGUAUGUAGUCAAGUUUUAAUUUAUGUAGUUGUGCACACUGAGUAUUGUCGUAUUUUAUUUUUUUUCCAGCUGCUUGUGCCACAGAAGUUUCUAAAAGUGCUACAAGUUGAAUCAUCUACACAAUUUGAUUCCAUCUUUGUCAUCAUUUUGUCAUUUCAAACCUGCAUUUAUAAAUGUACACAUUGCCCACAGCAAGCAGGCAUGAAAAGAGAUCGGAAGACAAGCGUGUUCACAUAGACAUUUGUAUUUUGUUGAACAUGAACCAAAUCAAAUAUUCCUGAAAAAUAGAAGCAUUUCUAAAAUGUGUUAUAUUUAAGUGUCAGAACAUGUUCAAAUCAGUGUUAUGGUUUUGAGGGGCACUGCACAUGUAGCUAGUAUUACAUUUAUCCAUGUCUGAUUUCAUUCAGUGCGUAUAUCCCGUUGAAUAACUAUCUGGUUUUUAAUGAUGUGGAUGGAUUGUAUACAUAUACUUGUGAAACAGAACAAAAGGUAAUUAUGACUUUUUAGUCUUUUUCAUUUAUUUACAAUCCUUUAUCUAUCACAUAUGAUACAAAUAGGAAUUUCAGGCCUCUUUACAGAGGUUCAGCUUUUUGAAAGUUAGAGAUAGGAAUUGUUCCCAAUUGUUUUAUGAUUGCCUGUUAUGACUGACAGGACAACUGUUCAGCAUGUAGUCAAGUUCCUCAGAAACUACAGUUCCCACCUUCUGCUAAACUGCAAGAAGUGCUGAGUAUCUGACUGAGAAUGCUUCUCUCUAAGUACAGGAUUCCUCUUAAUACAAAUGAUUUACAUAUACUAUUUAAUUAAAAAUGUGCAUU